AUGGCCCCUUCCAAGCAGGUAAACAGCGGGGAGAAGCUGCAACUACAAGAGUGCUUGUGGGCUGAAUCCCUUGGGUCCUUCAAGGAUGACAUGCUGCUGGUGGAGACACGAGGCCCUCAUGAUAACAGAUCACUCUGUGCCUUGGAACCCAGCGGCUGUACUCCAUUGCCCAGCAGGGCCUCCACGAGGGCAGCUCGCCUUGGACAGCAAUUGCUACAAGACCUGCACUCAGGCCAGUGUCUGCAGUUGUGGGAUGAUGACCUGGGAGCAUUAUGGGCCUGCCCCAUGGACAAGUACAUCCACAAGCGCUGGGCCCUUGGGUGGCUGGCCUGCCUACUCUUUGCCGCUAUGCUGUUCUUCCUCCUCCUCCUCAAAAAGGACCACGUGAAGGCGGCAGCCAGUGGCCGCUCGGCUCUGCUCCUUCACUCUGCCGAUGGCGCGGGCUUCGAGCGCCUGGUGGGUGCGCUGGCGUCGGCGCUGUGCCGGCUGCCACUGCGCGUGGCCGUGGAUCUGUGGAGCCGUCGUGAGCUGAGCGCGCAGGGGCCCCUGGCCUGGUUCCACGCGCAGCGGCGUCAGACCCUGCAGGAGGGCGGCGUGGUGGUCCUGCUCUUCUCGCCCGGGGCCGUGGCGCUGUGUCACGAGUGGCUGCAGGACGGAGCGCCGGCGCCCGGGGCUCACUGCCCGCACGACGCCUUCGCUGCCUCGCUCAGCUGCGUGCUGCCAGACUUCUUGCAAGGCCGGGCGCACGGCCGCUACAUCGGGGCUUGCUUCGACGGACUGCUCCACCCGGACGCCGUGCCCGCCCUUUUCCGCGCCGUGCCCGUCUUCUCCCUGCCUUCCCAGCUGCCUGACUUCCUGGGCGCCCUGCAGGGACCUGGAGCCUCCAGCCCCGGGCUGCUCGGGAAGAGGGCAGAGCAAGUUUCCCGAGCCCUUCAGCCCGCCCUGGACAACUGCUUCCUGUCCCUCGGGAGUCCCAGGGAGGGGCGCGGGACGGGGCAUGGGGCGGAGGACAGGACUUGAAUAAAGGA